AUGGGUUUAGGACCGCUGGAAGCGCAGCAGACGCGGAUGCGUAUCCUGCUGACGCGCCCCACCAACGUGUUCAUCAUGUUGCUGCUGGACGCGUGCAUCUGGUUGCAGCGCACGGAUGUGGUCGAUCUGCGGAACCGCGUACAGGACAUACCGCCCCAGUUCAUCUACGACGUGUACGAUUUCGUGGUGAUCGGUGGUGGCAGUGCGGGGAGCGCAAUGGCCGCUCGGCUGUCGGAGGUGUGCGAUUGGAAUGUGCUGCUGCUGGAGGCCGGCGGUGACGAGUCAUUCAUCAGCGAUCUACCCUAUCUGUAUCCGGUGCUGCAGAAGAGCAAUCUGGACUGGCAGUUCGAGACGGAACCGAACGAACGGUUUUGCCGUGGAAUGCGCGACAAUCGGUGCAGUUGGCCCCGGGGCAAAGUGCUUGGUGGAUCGUCCGUGUUGAACGCAAUGAUGUACGUGCGCGGCAACCGGGAGGACUACGAUGAGUGGGCAAGUUUCGGUAAUGUCGGUUGGAGCUGGAAGGAUGUGCUGCCGUACUUUGUGAAGAUGGAGAACGUACGGGACGAGCGGAUAGCACGAAAACCUUGGCAUGGCCGUACUGGGCCGAUGACCGUCGAAUUGGUACGGAACCAUUCCGCACUGCAGCCGUACUUUAUGCGUGCAGCUGAACAGCUCGGUAUGCCAAUGGCGGACGAAGUGAAUGGACCGGAUCAGCUGGUGUUUGCGCCCCUGCACGGUACGCUGCGUGAUGGAUUGCGGUGCAGUACGGCCAAAGCGUAUCUGCGACCGGUCGCCCAACGAAAGAACCUACACAUCUCGAUGAACACUUUUGUCGAGAAGAUCCUGAUCGAUCCGCGGGACAAACGUGCCUACGGAGUGCAGUUCCGUAAGGACAAUCGGUUGCAGUACGUGAUGGCAACGAAGGAGAUCAUCCUGUCCGCCGGUUCGCUCAACAGUCCGCAUUUGCUGAUGUUAUCCGGAGUGGGCCCCCGGGAGCAGCUGGAAGAGCACCGGAUUCCGGUGAUUCACGAGCUUCCGGGUGUUGGGCGUAAUCUGCAGGAUCACGUGGCCGCCGGUGGUGGUGUGUUUCUCAUCCAGAAUCCGGCCCACGACGGUCGGCUGCUCUCGAUCGACAUGCGGCAAGUGGUGCAGACCAGUACGGUGCGAGACUUUCUGUACAAAAACAAUGGCCGGCUCGUGUCGAUGCCAUCGUGUGAGGUGAUGGGUUUCAUCAACACCAAGUAUAAUCGGCCGGGCAGCAAGCGCGGGGAUGUCCAGAUCUUCAUGUCCGCCCAGUCGGACAUCUCGGAUGGUGGCAUCGAGAGUGCGCAGGGUGCCGGCCUAACGUACGAAUACUACGCGCGGAACUUCGAGUCGUGGAUUUACAAGGAUUCAUUCCUCAUCAUGCCACUGCUGAUGCGGCCCGAGAGCCGUGGCUGGUUGGAGCUACCGAGUGCGAAUCCACGUGAGAAGAUCAAGAUCUACCCGAACUACUUUGCGGUCCAGCGCGAUCUUGACAUACUGGUGGAAGGGCUAAAGUUCUCUGUCGGAAUAGCGGAAACGCCGGAGCUACGCCGCCUGAAUGCGACGUUCAUCUACGACACUGAGCAAGGCGAUACGUGCGGUAACCAGACCGGUGAUAAUUUCUACAAGUGUCUCAUCACGCACUACUCGCAAACCAUCUACCAUCCGUGCGGGACGGCCAAGAUGGGCCCGAAGAGUGAUCCGAUGGCCGUCGUCGAUGAUCAGCUGCGGGUGCACGGGAUCGGUGGUUUGCGCGUCGUGGAUGCAAGCAUCAUGCCGACCAUCACAACGGGCAACACGAACGCACCGGUCAUUAUGAUAGCGGAACGGGCAGCUGAUCUGCUCAAAUAUGUCCAUCUGCCCGUGUUGCUCACCGAGACGCACUACAGCCAGUGCGACAGCAUUAACUUCCUGUACCAUCCGGGUGAGGUAAAGACGGUUCAGGGUUCGGCGACUCACAGGAGAACGAAAGUGUAAAGAAUAGAGAUUUGAAUAAAGAAACUCUUUUAAAUGUA